GCACCCUCUCCUUUCACCGGCUCAUCACCGACGGCGCCUUGCGAUAGUUGCGAUGGCGUCGGGACGCGAUGUGCGCGAUAUGCUCGGGCUGCCUGCUGCCGGCGGUGAUACGCCAAAGACAGCAGGUUCAGCAGCAUUAGCGGCGCAGACACAGAAGCGGUCAAAGCCUGCGGGAGGGAGCAGGAAGAUACAGGGCGUUGCGCGCGAGGUUGCUGCGCUGUAUGGCGAACGGCCGCCGCCCGUCGCCGUCUACGAGGAGAAGAAGGCGUACAGGGCGAAGAGACAGAGCACAGGGCCGGCAAAGAAGUGGAUACAACAGCCCUUUACCAAUCCCGCGCGUGCCGAUGGCCUUGUCCUCAAGCACUGGCGGCGGAAGCCCACGACUGCGCCGCCAGUACAGGAGGCCGACGACGCGACCAUGCAAGAGGGCGACACAGCCGACGCCUCGGACAUGUACGUCGAAUCAUGCUCCGACUACGCCAAAUACGACAUCAAAGUGGACAUGCCGAGCUUCACAGACGAGGAGUACGACCAGUUCUUGCGCAGCGACGACUGGAGUCGCGAAGAGACAGACUACUUGUUCGAGGUGGUUAGAGACUACUCGUAUCGAUGGCCGGUGAUAUGGGAUCGCUACGACUACGUGCCAUCGCGACAAUUCAUGCCCGAAUCCACAGACGGCGAUCAGUCGCUCGCGACGAUGCCUUUUGCGCCGUCAAAAAAACGGUCGCUCGAAGACCUCAAGGCGCGCUUCUACGACAUCUCUGCCAAGCUCAUGAAGCAGCGCAUACCCGAGGUUUCCAUGGAUGCCGACCAAUACAGCCUCUACGAGAUGCUCACCAAAUUCGAUCCCGUCAUGGAAAGGAACAGGAAGAUGCUGGCUACGGCGCUCAUCAAUCGCACCAUGGACGAGGUCAAGGAGGAGGAGUUUCUGCUCACCGAGCUCCAACGCAUCAACAUGGCUGCGAACCGGCUGGACGCCGAGCGCGAAGAACUGCGUGCGCGACUCGAUGCGCCACCCCAAAAUCCACAAGCUUCUGCAGGAUUACAGGCAUUUACUUCGUCGCAAGCAUUGCAGGCCCUCUUCCAACAACUAUUCCAACAAGAUCGCAGCAAGAAGCGCGCAGCAGGCGGAGGAACAGGGCCUGGCCGGCUCAGUCUUUCCGCCAACGACAUGGUUCACACCCCUGGCUCGGCACAGCAACAACUAUCUGCUGCGAACCGGCGGCAAAGCAUGGCACAGAGCCAACAAACACCCGCACAAACACCCGUCAAACAUCUUUCACCACACCAAGAACAUCGGUUCAAUGUAUCAACACACGACCGGCUUACAUCGGGCGUCACGUUUGGCUCGGAUAAGUUGCUCAAGAUGCGACAAGCCAAGAGCAACGUCCAGACACAAAAGAUUGGCCAGAUGCUUGCUGCGCUGGGUGUGAGCGAUAUUGUCAGCAUACCCACGAGCAAAGUUGGUGAAGUCUUUGAAGUUCUUGUUACCAAGGUUAGCAAAUUACUUGACGUACGAAAAGUACGUGAGAAGGAGGAGGGAGAAUGUAAAGUUCUGCUUGCCAUGAAGGAACGGCGGAAUGGCGGCAACAAUGGAGGCGGUGGUGGUGGCGGCAAUGGCAGCAACGAAGAAAACAAACCGAAACAAGAGGUCCGCGACUCGCAAGAAACGCCUGGUGCCGACGCCGACGCGGAUGGAGAAAACGAUGAAGACGACGUCAACAAGAACUAUGGCGACGAUGCCGAAGGCGAAGCCGACGACCAGGAAGGCAAUGAUGCAGAUAAUCCCGAAGACGAUGCAGAAGGCGAAGAAGACGAAGGCGGUUUCAACGGCGAAGCCGACGACGCAGAUGUCGACGCAGAAGGCGAGGACGAAAGCAGCAAGCAACAGUCUCGAGCAACAAGUCAAAGCGCUUCGGGCCAAGGGCAUAAGCGAAGUGCAAGCGUCUUCUCACAAGGGAGCGAGAUAAGCACCAGCAAGCGAGCUCGAAAGUAACAAAACAAAACAAGAGAAAAAAAAAACAUUUUACAUGUUUCAAAACUGGGGGGUUUUUUUUUCCUCCCCUCGUCUUCUCGUGUCUUUACCCUACUGUGGUUUAGAGUUUCUGGUUGCUGUUUUGGCAAGACCUCUCUCUCUCUCUCUCUUUAUCACACACCCAUAUACAAAUUUGCAUAGCGUUGGCGUUUUGUUCUACUUUCUUUCUCUUUCUCUCCUACUUUUUUUUUCCAGGGCCAUGCGUACGCGUACAUAUAUGUAAGAACAUUGGUGAUUUU